AUGGCCAUGGUCAUGGAGAACCAGCAGCCGGUGGCGCAGAUGCAGCUGAUCCCGGCGCCACCGCGCCCGCCUCCUCCCCCACCGCCGGCGCCCCAGGUCUACAAGCACCAUUGCAAGGUGUGCAAGAAGGGGUUCAUGUGCGGACGGGCGCUCGGCGGGCACAUGAGGGCGCAUGGGAUCGCGGACGACGCGCUAGCCGCUGAGGACGCCUUCGAUGAUGAUGGCGGUGGUGUCGGCGAAUCGUCCGAGGCGGGGAGCCCGUCGCCGACGACGACCAAACGCAUGUACGGGCUCCGCGCCAACCCUGGACGCCUACGGAACUGUCGGGUGUGCGAGAAUUGCGGGAAGGAGUUCACAUCGUGGAAGUCGUUGCUGGACCACGGAAGGUGCAGUUUUGACGAGGAUGAUGAUUUGGAUGGCUCACUUCGUUCGUCGUCACCAUUGCAUAAUAACACCGACGAAGGCAUAGAGGAGGUCGAGGAGGAGGAAGGGGACCUGGCGUUGGCCUCCGGAUGGUCCAAGGGGAAACGCUCACGCCGCGCCAAGGUAAUGGUUGUCGGAAGCGGUGCCAUAGCGGAAGUCCAGCAACCGGCCCCAUCGAGCGAGGAGGAGGACCUUGCCAAUUGCCUCGUCAUGCUCUCAUCGUCUCGUGUCACACAACCAGCAGUCCAUGUGGACGCCGACCAAGAGUCAUCUGCAUCAGCAAGCAAGGACGAAGAAAGGAAUAGGCUCUUGGUGCCACAACCGCUCUCGAUCAUUCCUCCCAUGACAGCGCAGUUCAAGUUUUCUGCGCCUCAGGUAGUAGUGGCGCAACACGUGCCAACCGUCCCACGGGGCUUGUUUGAAUGCAAGGCGUGCAAGAAGGUGUUCACCUCACACCAGGCUCUCGGUGGGCACCGUGCCAGCCACAAGAAAGUUAAAGGGUGCUUCGCCGCCAAGCUUGAAAGCAGCCGCAAUGAGACUACCCACCAACAGACUAUGGCAUCGGCUGCUCUACACGACAACACCAAGGCCAUCCCUGAGGUUGUAGGAGAUACCAGCACUGCAGAAGGAAGGACGGGUAACCUCGAUGCCAAUGCCAGCGGCAAGGCGACGAGUGUUGGCGCCGGCGAGGUCGGUGUGCCCACAGCAGCGACGGAAAUGGCCAUCAUGCCGAUCGCUGAUGCAGCGCCGGCACCAGCCGCCUUCUCUCCGUUCAAGAAGAAGGGGAAGGUGCACGAAUGCUCCAUCUGCCACCGCGUGUUCACGUCGGGGCAAGCGCUCGGGGGCCACAAGCGGUGCCACUGGCUCACCUCCAGCGCGACGGACCCCGCCAAGCUCCAGCCCGUCGUUCCCGAUCACCUCAUGGCGGCCAUGUGCCACCAUCUCACCCUCGGCCGCCCGAUGUUCGACACGGCCGACCAGCGAAUCCUUGACCUCAACGUGCCAACAAAUCCGUCGGCUGAGGCGAUCGCCACCAGACAGGCCGCCGAGCUCAACGAUAUCCCGCUCUGCCUCAACGCGCCGGCGUCCAUGUAUGUGCAGUCCUGGACGAGGCACAGCAACGCCAGCCACGUGAACAAGACCGGGACGAGCAGCCGCAAUGACGCGGCUGCCGGAGGCGGCACGGCCACGGAGGACGAGGCUGACAGCACCAGUGCGAAGAGGGCCAAGGUCAGCGACCUCAAGGACAUGAAAGUGGCCGGAGAGUCGCUGUCGUGGCUGCAGGUUGGCAUCGGCAUUUCCUCGUCGGAGAACAACGAGAAGAAUACUCAGGAGUGA